AUGUAUUAUAGACGCAAUUUUCUCGACGAGGUCAACUCCGGCAUCUUCCCGCGUUCGAUCGGGUUAUAUGUGAUGCCUGGAGACCUUGAUUGCGAGCUCUCGAUCCCUAUCCAGGAACUUGACAUCCUCAGAAACCCGUAUUCAAUUCUGCUCGACAUGUGCCCGGAAGUCGCACAAUUUCAGUUAAAAUGGUUGAAGCGUCGCGGAUUCUCGUCGGAGGCCCUAGCAGCCGUGCCUUCGCGACGGUGUUUGGAUGGCGGACACUCGCUGAUUGCGGAAUUACUGGCCCUUUUUGAAGUGAUGAAAUCCGCGCCGACGUUGCUGCUCCAAUUAACAGGCCAUCGGAUCAAUGAUACGUUGGCUGUUAUCGGGCUGUUGGCCGAAUUGAUGCAACAGAAUUCGCCGCCUGAAAAUCACCCUCGGGCGGUCUUGGUGACGUUUGGGAUCGUACUGCGCAAAGAAGCCGACAGCGAGCUGCUGAAACGGGAUAUCAAGGAACUCCGAGCAUUCCUAAAACGCCACAUCCCGAAAUCAUCGCCGACAUUGGCCGUCCGACUGUCCUUGUUGCUGUCAUUCGGAUUGAACGAAGACGGGCAAUGCGCAAAUGGGCAAUACGGGAUUCAACCGGAACCAUUGCGGCUACAAGGUGACGCCGCUCAGGAAAAGCUCGUCGACAUCCGGGGCACCACCGACACUCUGGUGGCCAUCUCCGACAAGGGCGAGCUCUUUAUCUGGGGCCAAAACGAGCACGGACAGGCCGGGCCAAACUUGGAUUUGCAGCUUGCCGCCUCCCGGCAUCUACCGAUGGCCAAGCGUAUCGUGAGCGCGGAUGCGACGUGCUGCUCCUGUGUGGCGCUCGACGAGGAUGGCGCCGUGUACACGUGGGGCACGCAGUUUUUGGGUCUCGGUCCAAAAGUGACGAAGCUCGGCCAGCCAACACUCCUCGAUCAGCCGUUGUUCGGGAAUGAAAAAGUAAAACGAGUAUUCGCUGGGAAUACUUGCGUCGGCGCGCUCACCGAGACCGGGAACUUCUACAUCUGGGGCCAAAAUCGUUUUGGGCAACUGGCGCUCGACACGGACAAGGACCAGCUCUUCCCAUUACAGGUCUACCUGCCCAGGGACGUUGUGCAAGUCGCGCUCGGGACCGACCACACCCUCUUCAUCACCAAA